UUUUUUCGCUUUAUACAAUCUGCCUGAGAUGGAAUAAAGUUUUAGUCUGCAGUAUGGUUAUAUAUCUAAAGUUUUCUUUUACAGGAGUCAUCAUCCUUUGCUGCAAAGAUGCAGGGAGCUGUUCUGGUUGCCAUAGCUGCCUCAAUUGGUAAUUUGCUGCAGGGAUGGGACAACGCUACCAUUGCAGGAGCUGUUCUAUACAUUAAAAAGGAAUUUAAAUUGGAGAGUGAGCCCACUAUAGAGGGUCUAAUAGUAGCCAUGUCACUUAUUGGUGCUACUAUUAUCACAACAUUCUCUGGAGCAGUAUCAGACUUGGUUGGUAGGCGACCCCUUCUGAUUAUUUCAUCAGUCCUGUACUUUGUCAGUGGUUUGAUAAUGUUAUGGUCUCCGAAUGUUUAUGUCUUGCUCUUGGCAAGGCUUAUUGAUGGAUUUGGCAUUGGUCUUGCUGUCACACUUGUGCCUGUAUAUAUUUCUGAGACAGCUCCAUCAGAGAUAAGGGGAUUGUUAAAUACGCUUCCACAGUUCAGUGGCUCUGGAGGCAUGUUUCUGUCAUACUGUAUGGUUUUUGGAAUGUCACUAAUGGCAAAUCCAGCUUGGAGAGUGAUGCUUGGUGUACUCUCUAUUCCUUCCCUUUUAUAUUUCUUAUUGACAAUUUUCUGUUUGCCGGAAUCUCCAAGGUGGCUUGUAAGCAAAGGGAAAAUGCUCGAGGCAAAAUUGGUUUUACAAAGAUUGCAUGGAAGGGAGGAUGUUUCAGGAGAAAUGGCCCUUCUUGUUGAGGGCUUGGGAGUAGGUGGUGAGACAUCCAUUGAGGAGUACAUAAUUGGCCCUGCUAAUGAGCUCCCUGAUGACCAGGGAGCAACUGCUGAUACUGAACAGAUCACAUUGUAUGGGCCAGAAGAGGGUCUUUCCUGGGUUGCACGACCUGUGAAAGGACAAAGCAUCCUCGGAAGUGCCUUCACCCUUUUAUCUCGCCAUGGUAGCAUGGAGAUGCAGAGUAGUGUACCACUAAUGGAUCCAUUGGUGACCUUAUUUGGAAGUGUCCAUGAGAAACUACCUGAAAUGGGCAGCUUGCGAAGCACAAUGUUCCCUAAUUUUGGAAGCAUGUUUAGUGUAGCAGAACAGCAACUAAAAAAUGAUCAGUGGGAUGAGGAGAGUCUUCAACAGGGUAGUGAAGACUAUGCGGCUGAUGCUGGAGGAGGUGAGUCUGAUGACAAUGUUCGAAGUCCAUUACUCUCUCGUCAGACAACAAGCUUGGAAGGGAAGGAUAUAGCCCCACCACAUGAGAGUUCUUUAAGUUUGAGACAAACUAGUAGUCCUAUCCAUGAUAACACCAGAGAGGCAGUUGGUAGCAUGGGUAUUGGUGGGGGAUGGCAAUUGGCUUGGAAAUGGUCUGAGAGAGAAAGUGAAGAUGGGAAGAAGGAAGAAGGUUUCAAAAGAAUUUAUCUACACCAAGAAGCUGUCCCUGAGUCACACAGAGGUUCUCGGGUUUUGCUACAAGGAGGUGAAGCCCCAGAAGGCAGUGCAUUUGUCCAGGCUGCAGCAUUGGUGAGCCAGCCUGCUCUUUUUUCUAAGGAGCUUAUGGACCAGCAUCCAGUUGGACCAGCAAUGGUUCAUCCAUCAGAAACAGCCGGUAAAGGCCCAAGGUGGUCCGAUCUAUUUGAACCAGGAGUAAGACGCGCUUUGUUUGUUGGAAUUGGAAUCCAGAUCCUUCAGCAGUUUUCUGGGAUAAGUGGGGUUCUCUACUACACUCCUCAGAUACUUGAGCAAGCUGGUGUUGAAGUACUACUUUCUAAUAUUGGCAUUAGUUCAGAUUCAGCAUCUAUCCUUAUUAGUGCUGUCACGACAUUGUUAAUGCUUCCUAGUAUUGGUGUUGCUAUGAGGCUCAUGGAUAUCUCAGGGAGAAGGUUUCUUCUGCUGUCUACCAUCCCCAUCUUAAUAGCAUCACUGGUUGUCUUGGUUGUGGCCAACCUUGUGGAGCUGGGCAAUGUGGUUCAUGCAGUGCUCUCCACAGUCAGUGUCAUUGUAUACUUCUGCUGCUUUGUCAUGGGUUUUGGACCAAUCCCAAAUAUCCUCUGCUCGGAAAUCUUCCCAACUCGGGUCCGUGGUGUCUGCAUAGCUAUCUGUGCACUUAUAUUCUGGAUCGGAGAUAUCAUAGUCACCUACACCCUACCUGUGAUGUUGAACACAAUUGGCCUUGCUGGCGUGUUUGCAAUUUACUUAGUAGUCUGUAUCAUAGCUUUUGUGUUCGUGUUUCUAAAGGUUCCCGAAACAAAAGGCAUGCCUCUGGAGGUUAUUGCAGAGUUCUUUGCUGUUGGCACAAAACAAGCUGCUCCACAAAAUUGAUGACAUUUAACUUGGCAUUUCAAACACGGACAUCCCAGCCAUCAUCUUGCAUCUCUGCAAGUUAAUUACAGUUCAUUUGAGCAUUAAGUGAGUGAUUAAGACAGAUGAAAUAGAAAGAGACAGUAAAACCGGAAGAAUGGAAUUUUAGGUGUCACCGAGAAGUUGCUGGAUUUGGUGCAUCGUGUUUCAUCUGGCGAUGAGGAGAUUCCAGAUUUAGGAAUUGAAUUCCUGUUAUUUCUUUGGCAUUAUUAUCUUUCACUUGGGUAUAUUUUCUUGGCUUUCUAUGUCAACUGUGAUUGGAUGGAAUUGUUACCGCUCAAACUUGUAUGAAAUCCUAAACCUCAGGGAGUAGAUUCAUGUA